AUGAAAAGGCAUGAAAGGACACACACAGGGGAGAAGCUGUACUACUGUUCCCAGUGUGGAAAGAGUUUUACUCGGUCAGGGCACAUGAAAGACCAUAAGAGAACGCACACAUUGGAGAAGCCUUACCUCUGUUCCCAAUGUGGAAAGAGUUUUACCCACUUAUGUAACCUGAAAACACAUGAGAGGUUACACACCGGGGAGAAGCCUUAUGAAUGCUCUCCGUGUGGAUUGAGUUUUACCACGUUAGGGUACCUGAAAUCACAUGAGCGAACACACACAACAGAGAAGUCUUUCCACUGCUCACAGUCCAGAGAGAUUUUCACCCAUUUAGGGAGCCUGAAAAGGCAUGAAAGGACACACACAAUUGAGAAGCCUCAUUGUUGCUCUCAUUGUGGAAAGACUUUUACCCAGUUAGGGAGCCUGAAAAGACAUGAGAGAAUACACACAGGGGAAAAGCCUCACAGCUGCUCCCAGUGUGGAAAGUGUUUUACCCGUUCAGGGCACAUGAAAGAACAUAAGAGAACACACACAGGGGAGAAGCCUUAUUGCUGCUUCCAGUGUGGAAAGAGUUUUACCCACUUAUGGGUGAAUUCGUUCCACCGAUUGUGUUGA